AUGGCAGUGCACCUGUACUUGUGGCUUACUUUACAUUUACUUUUUCACACAUCUGUAUAUCAAGCUAAUGAGUCUGACUGCAGUCUAUAUGAAAAUCCAGUUUUGCCAAGACUGUUCAAAAAAGGUGACCUUAUGUUGGGAGGGUUAUUCCCUGUUCACUUCAGGUCAGCUGUCCCUGAAUGGUCUUUUAAAGAUAAGGUUAAGCCUUUAAAAUGUGAAGGCUUUGAUUUCAGAGCCUUCCGUUGGUUACAGUCAAUGAUUUUUGCCAUUGAAGAAAUAAACAACAAUGCCAAUAUUUUACCAAAUAUCACUUUGGGAUACAGUAUUUUUGAUACUUGCUCCACUCACAUCAAUGCACUUGGCUCAGCCAUCACACUGGUGACAGGAGAUGAAAAAAAGGUGUCUGGUCCCACCUGUGGAAAUGCUCCACAUGUUCCUGUUAUUAUCGGGGAUGCCAGUUCAACAUCUUCAAUGGUAAUCGCCAGAACUCUGGGAGUUUUCAGAAUUCCUAUGGUGAGUUAUUUUGCAUCCUGUGCAUGCCUCAGCAACAAAAAUGAAUUUCCUUCAUUUUUUCGCACAGUUCCAAGUGACAAUUUUCAAGCCAAAGCAAUGGCAGGACUUUUGAAACAAUUUGGUUGGACAUGGGUGGGACUCAUAUCUGGUGAUGAUGACUAUGGUAAAUUCGGCAUCCAGAUUUUCAAAGAGGAAAUCCAACAUUUUGAUGUCUGCAUUGCUUUUUUUGAAAUCAUACCAAAGAUUUACUCUAAGCAGAAAAUCAUGAAUAUUGUUGAAACUAUUAAACAUUCUAGUGCUAAAGUAAUUGUUACUUUUGCAAUUGAAGCAGAUGCAUAUUCCCUACUUCAGGAGAUUGUACAUCAGAAUAUAAGUGACAAGCAAUGGAUUGCAACUGAAGCAUGGAUAACAUCAUCUUUAGUGUCAUCUCAAGAAAACCAUCAGUUCCUGACUGGAACAAUAGGCUUUGCAAUUCGUAAAGCAGAGAUUGUGGGAUUAAAGGAAUUUCUCUGUAGAAUUCAUCCUGAUGUGAACGCAUCUGAUCCAUUCAUUAUUGAAUUUUGGGAAGCACUGUUUGGAUGCACUUUGCAAGUAUCAUCAAAUGAUACUUCCCUAGUUACAUUGUCAGGUUCAAAAUCAAUGUGCACAGGUUUGGAAAACCUGAAUGAUAUCAGAAGUAUUUAUAAUGAUGUAUCACAACUAAGAGCAACAUACAACGUAUAUAAAGCUGUUUAUGCCAUAGCCCAUUCUUUCCACAAUAUGCUCUUUUGCAAGCCUGGGACUUCCUUCUUUAAGAAUGGAGACUGUCCAGAUAUUUUUAACUUACAGUUUUGGCAGCUCUCUCAUUAUCUGAAAGAAGUAAAAUUUAAAAGUCCAGUGGGUGAAUUUUUCUCUUUUGAUAGCAAUGGUGAUCCCAUUGCAGCAUAUGAUAUUAUUAACUGGCAGAGAAAUGCAGAUGGAUCCAUUGCAUUUGUUAAAGUUGGGCAAUUUGAUGCAACAUGGAAUUCUGGAAAAGAAUUUGAAAUCAUUGAAGAGAAAAUAGUGUGGGCAGAAGGUCAAACCAAGGUUCCAAAGUCCAUGUGCUCUGAAAGUUGUUCACCAGGCACAAGGAAAGCAGCCAGAGAAGGACAGCCUAUCUGCUGUUUUGACUGUCUCCCGUGUGCUGAUGGAGAAAUAAGCAAUACUACAGAUUCACUGGAAUGUCUUAAAUGUCCAGAGGAUUACUGGUCAAACAUUCAGAAAACAAAUUGUAUUUUGAAAGAAAUUGAAUAUCUCUCAUAUGGAGAAACCAUGGGAGUUGUUCUAACCAUAAUGUCAAUUUCUGGCGCCAGCAUUACACUCUUUGUCAUCACUGUAUUUCUUUAUUACAAAGACACCGCAAUUGUAAAAGCUAACAACUCUGAGUUAAGUUUCCUGCUUUUAUUUUCCCUAACUCUGUGCUUCCUGUGCUCACUUACCUUUAUUGGCCAGCCAUUAUCUUGGUCAUGCAUGCUGCGUCACACAGCUUUUGGCAUCAGUUUUGUUCUUUGCAUUUCAUGUGUUCUGGGCAAAACAAUUGUGGUUUUAAUGGCCUUUCGAGCUACACUUCCUGGCAAAAAUAUUAUGAAAUAUUUUGGCCCCCUUCAGCAACGUGCAGGCAUUUUUUUAUGUACAUUGGUGCAGAUUUUAAUCUGUAUACUGUGGUUAAUCUUGUCUCCACCAUUUCCCACAAAAACAAGUCAUUACAGUGGCCGAGUCAUUUUAGAAUGUAAUGUGGGCUCUGUCCUUGGAUUUUACAGUGUUCUAGGUUACAUUGGUUUCUUGGCCUGUAUGUGCUUUUUCUUGGCAUUUUUAGGUAGGAAGCUUCCUGAUAAUUUUAAUGAAGCAAAGUUCAUCACCUUCAGUAUGUUAAUAUUUUGUGCAGUUUGGAUAACUUUCAUACCGGCUUAUGUGAGCUCCCCAGGAAAAUACACUGUAGCUGUGGAAAUAUUUGCUAUUUGGUCUUCUAGCUUUAGCCUUCUGGUGUGUAUAUUUGCUCCCAAGUGCUACAUUAUCUUAGUGAGACCAGAAAAGAACACAAAAAAGCACUUAAUGGAAAAACCUGCUGCCAGCUAAUAAGAAAUUGGAGAUAAACUGAUACAUGCUUUAUUAUUAUCUCAG